AUGACCUGCCGUAUGGAACCCUCGCCGUCCCCUCUGCCGGCAGCAGACCCGCUAGCCGUUGUGGCAGGCGGCAUUGACGCGGGCGGCGAGUCGGCCGCGCCGCUGUCAGCGGCGUCGCAGCAGCUGCUGCUCGACACGCUCUCGCGCCUCCACGCGGACGACUCCGCGCAGCCUUCCGCUGCCGCCGCCGAGGGAGAUGACGUGGAGGACGAUGAUUGGGCGGAAGAGGAUGGCGAAGUGGAAGAAGAGGUGCUGGAUGCGCUCGAUUGGCUGGACCUGAGAGAAGAUCUCGCGUCGCGAGGCAACACUGGUGGCGGUGCGUUCGGCGGCGGAUUUUCUGCGGCGCGGCGGCCGAACGCCUUCGGGGGGCAACUAAACCAGGCACACGCAAACGCGCGCGCGGCGGCGUUUGGGGCCGCGGGGAAGGGCAGCGGAGGGGGAGCAGGAGUGGGGGCCGCGGCGGGGGCGAUGCAGCCGCGGGUGAACAAGCAGCAGCGGCUGACUGCGCGAGUCAACGCCGCGCCCAUGCGGGAUUGGGGUGACAGCUGUCAGCCGAACAUGGCAAAUGUGGUGAUGACAGCUGUGCGCGACACUAACAAGCGGCAGGAGCAGGGCCAGUCGCGGUUGAAGGAGAAGGCUGACCGUGCCACCGUGGAGCAGGUGCUGGAUCCGCGCACGCGCAUGGUGCUGUUCAAGAUGCUCAACCGCGGCGUCUUCUCCCAGAUCAAUGGCUGCCUCUCCACCGGCAAAGAGGCGAACGUGUACCAUGCCACGGUGGACCGCCCCUCUGCGCUGCACAUGCCCGCUGCACUGGGGAUUGGGGGGAAUAGGGAGGGGGCGGGCGUGCAGCAGGGGGGCGAGGGGCAGCUGGUGAAGGAGCUGGCAGUGAAGGAGCUGGCAGUGAAGGUGUACAAGACGUCCAUCCUGGUCUUCAAGGACCGCGAGCGGUACGUGGCGGGGGACUACCGGUUCCGGCACGGGUACAGCAAGCACAACCCGCGCAAGAUGGUCAAGGUGUGGGCCGAGAAGGAGUUCCGCAACCUCAACCGGUUGCGGGCGGCAGGAGUGACGUGUCCCGUGCCGCUCAUGCUGCGCAUGCAUGUGCUCGUCAUGUCCUUCAUCGGCACGGAGGGGUGGGGAGCCCCUCGGUUGAAGGACGUGCAGCUGUCGGAGGGGCGGUGGAGGGAGUGCUACGGGCAGGUGCUGGUGGCGAUGUGGCGCAUGUACCGCCUCUGCCGCCUCGUGCACGGCGACCUCAGUGAAUACAACCUGCUCUACCUCCAGGGGCGGGUGUGGGUGAUAGACGUGUCGCAGUCGGUGGAUCUGGACCAUCCCCGCGCGCUCGACUUCCUCAGAGAGGACUGCCUGCACGUCACUGAUUUCUUCCGGCGAAAGGGCAUGGCAGUGCUGACGGUGCGCGAGCUGUUUGACUUUGUCACGGACCCCGUCAUGCCGGAGAGCCUCGUUGAUGACUGCCUGCACAAGUUGCAAGAGAGGGCAGCCAGCAGGCCGUUGGAGCAGACAGCACAGGAGGCCAUCGCUGAAGCCGUCUUCCUGCAGUCGUUCAUACCGCAGUCGUUGGAUCAGGUGAAGGACGCGGAGAAGGACAUCCGCCGCAUCGCCUCCGCCACCAAGGCAGCAGCGCAGCAGCACGCAGCCGCACAGCCCGGGGGGGAUGCGCCCAGCAGCACGCAGCAGGGGGCGGCACAGGGUGGAGGAGGAGAGCAGGGCGCAGCAGUGGGUGCAGCGGCAGACGCAGCAGCUAGCAGCAGCAGCAGUGCAGCAGCAGCGCCGUCAUCGGAGGCGCCCCCUCUGGAGGGCAUCUUCUACCGCUCGCUGCUGGGGCUCAAGGAGGACCUCUCCGGCGUGCGCACCCUGCCCGACAUCCUGCAGAGCGCUGAGGGGCGCGGUGUGGAGGAGGCGGGGCAAAGCGGUGGGAAGGAGUGUGAGGAGAGUCCGGGAGUAGUGAGGCCGGGAGGGGAGGGGGUGGAGGGGGGGGAGAGGAAUGAGAGUGAAAGGGGCGGUGAAGGGAUGGUGCCACGCGACCUGCGUGGGGGAGCAGAGGGGAUGGAGGGUGGAGAGGAGCAGCAGAGCGAGGAGGGGAGUGAGGAUGGGAGUGAGGAGGGAAGUGAUUUCUCAGAGGAUGAGGGAGGCGAGGAGGGUGGAAGGCGGGGCAGGGAGGGAGCAGUGAGCAAGGAGGAGGUGAGGGCGGCGCGCAAGGAGAACAAGAAGAAGGUGAAGGAGGAGAAGCGAGUGGCUCGUCUCACCAAGGUGCCCAAAGCUGCCAAGAAGAAAAAGCAGAAGGCAGCUCAGAGCAAGAAGCGAUGA